AUGGCGUCUCCGGCCCAGGAACGUCUGCUCAAAGCUAAGCCAGAGUUCUAUCAGCAACCUCUUCAGCAGGACGAGUUGCAUGCGGCAGAAACUAUCUUAUGGAGGCAGGCUCAACACGAUGGAUUCCCGGAGGAAGUGAGGACGCUCGAAAGAAGCCGGGACAGAAAACCGGAACAAACUCCGGAUCGAAUUGUUAAAACCAGCCCCGUCUACAAGCUGUGUCCAAUUCUUGACACUGAAAAUGUUAUGCGCGUUUGUGGUAGAUUGCAGUAUGCGGACAGUGCUUCUUUCGACGUUAAACACCCCGUUAUACUGCCUAAAAAUCACGCGGUGACCGAUAAACUGAUUCUCUUUUACCAUGAAAAGCUCGGCCAUGGUAAUCGAGAGACAGUGUUCAAUGAACUGCGCCAGCGAUUCCACAUCCCCAAGCUGCGGUCGGCGAUAACGAAGGUAGCGAAAUGUUCUAUGUGGUGUCAAGUUAACCGUUGUCAACCACAAGUACCUAUGAUGGCGCCUCUGCCUGUACAACGCGUGACGCCACGAUUUCGCCCGUUCAGUUCGGUAGGCGUGGACUACCUGGGACCCGUGGAAGUAUCCGUAGGUCGGCGAUGUGAAAAAAGAUGGGUGGCGCUUUUCACCUGUUUAGUGGUGCGCGCAGUCCACCUCGAAGUAGUGCACAGUUUGACAACGCAAUCGUGCCAAAUGGCGAUCCGGCGGUUCAUGACCGACAGGGGAGUGCCGGAUGAAAUUUUCUCCGAUAAUGGCACAAAUUUCAAAGGAGCGAAAAAUGAAUGGGAGAAAAUGCAACGAGUAGAAUAUGAAUGCGCAGAAACCGUUACCAGUCCAACGAUGAAGUGGAACUUUAUUCCCCCAGGUACCCCGCACUUGGGCGGUAUUUGGGAACGCAUGGUGCGAUCGGUGAAGGAGAUAUUGCGGACGCUGGAAGACGGUCGAAAGUUGACGGACGAGGUCCUACAGACAUCUUUGUCUGAAGCAAAGGACAUGAUCAAUUCUCGUCCUUUGGUUUAUCUGCCUCAGGACUCGGAAAAAUCCGAGGCAAUUACACCAAAUCAUUUCCUUCAUGGUGUUGUAAAGGGGACGGACCUGGCCGUGGACGGUUCUACGGACUUCGCAGAGGCUCUGCGGAACGCGUAUAAGCGAUCGCAGCAUUUGACUGAUAAGAUGUGGGAGCGCUGGAUUAAAGAGUACUUGCCAACGUUGAAUAAACGACCAAAGUGGAUCGAAGACCGAAAACAAAUGGAGGUAGGAGACUUGGUAUUUAUCGUCGAUGGAAAACACCGGAAGCAGUGGAUCCGGGGAAUCGUCGAACAAGUUUUUUUGAGCGGCGAUGGCAGAAUACGGCAGGUAGAAGUUCGAACGGCUAAAGGUGUUUUCAAGAGAGCUGUGGCUAAUUUAGCGGUUAUCGAGAUUUCUGGUAAAUCCGGUACUUCCGGUGAUGGACCGGAACCGAAGUUACGGGCUGGGGUGUGCUGA